CACAUCAGUCUGUCCUGCUUCCAGCUGCUGCAGCCGUGCCUUCGCUGCCUCAGCAUCCAGCAGCCCCCUGCUCUGGCUCAGCAUGGCGACCCCAACCCAGACCCCCACAAACGUUCCUGAGGAACCUGACCCAUUUUAUUACGACUACGCCACAGUGCAGACCGUGGGAAUGACUCUGGCCACCAUAAUGUUCGUGCUGGGCAUCAUCAUCAUCCUCAGCAAGAAGGUCAAGUGCAGGAAGGCGGACUCCAGGUCUGAGAGCCCAACAUGCAAAUCCUGCAAGUCGGAGCUUCCCUCCUCAGCCCCUGGCGGUGGCGGCGUGUAAGGACAGCGCCCGGGAACCUCCACAGCUGUCCCUGCCUGAGCGCGGGAGCCUGAGGACCGGGUGAAGGCGGUGGGGACCCCAGCCUUGCGCCGGGGAGCGCUCCCCCGAAUGAGCCGCCCCACCCACCCCAAGGCUGGAGCCGCUGCACCCCGCUGUCCCUCCCCAGGCCUUGGCAACGACGAUCCCCCAAAGAGCCCGUCUGCAUCCCAGACCCAGGGACUCGGGCCUCCUGCUCCUGGGACCCGGGAGUCCACGCCCGGCGCCCCCAGAUCCCCGUGUGCCGCCCCCUGCACCCCCUCGUCUCCUCCCCGAAGACCCGCCCCCGGCGCCCGGGUGUCCACGUCUUGAGCUUAAUAAAUGUGCAUUUGGUGUUUUCCCUGU